CACAAGCGAAAGCGAGAGAUGCGUAAAACGCUGUCUGCGUGAUAAUUUCCGGCUUUAUCCAGGAAGCAAGACACCUGUGGUCGUGCUAUGCCUUAAAUAUGAUCUCUCAACGUUGAAACUUGUAGUCUAAGCACACUCUCCCUCCCUUCCUCUCUUCUCUCUCUCUUAAAUACACAUCUCCUGCAGAAUAACAAUCAUUAGAUCUUUUUUGAGGUCCCGAGUAGGUUGAAUGUGGUAAGGAAGCCAUGGGAUCUUGCAAGGGACGUCUCUGUUUUCUGUUAUACGUUAUCCUUGGGCUGUGUGGAUUGUACAAGAGCUUUGUUGUUGGAGCAGAUACAAAUCAGACUGCGCAAUUGUUUGUAAAUGCUUCUCAAGAAUUAUGGAGGAUCCCAGAAACACUGUUUGGGAUAUUCUUUGAGGAGAUCAACCAUGCUGGGGCUGGUGGUAUAUGGGCAGAGCUUGUGAGCAACCGAGGUUUUGAAGCUGGGGGUCCUAAUACGCCAUCGAACAUUGAUCCCUGGUCUCCUGUUGGAAACUUGUCAUAUAUAAUUGUGUCAACUGACCGUACAUCAUGUUUUGACCGUAAUAAAGUAGCACUGAGAAUGGAGGUACUUUGUGACAGCAAAGGCUCUAACAUUUGUCCAUCUGGAGGAGUUGGAAUUUAUAACCCUGGAUAUUGGGGCAUGAACAUUGAACAAGGGAAGACCUACAAAGUGGUUCUGUAUGUUAGGUCAUUGGAUUCAGUUGAUAUAGUAGUUUCAUUUGCAAGCUCCGAUGGAUCACGGACCCUGGCUACUGAUCACAUUAGAUUGACUGCUUCUGAUGUUUUGAAUUGGAAAAAGGUGGAGAUUCUAAUGGUUGCACAAAGUACAGACCAUAAUGCUCGACUUCAAUUAACAACAACAAAAAAAGGAAUAAUAUGGUUUGAUCAGGUGUCAGCCAUGCCCUUGGACACAUACAAGGGACAUGGUUUCCGGAAAGAGCUUGUGGAUAUGCUUGCACGCCUAAAACCCCAAUUUAUUAGAUUUCCUGGUGGUUGUUUCGUUGAAGGAGAGUGGCUGAGAAAUGCAUUUAGAUGGAAAGAAACCAUUGGUCCCUGGGAGGAGAGACCUGGACACUUUGGUGAUGUUUGGAUGUACUGGACUGAUGAUGGGCUUGGAUACUUGGAAUUUCUACAACUAGCAGAGGAUCUUGGGGCAUUGCCAAUAUGGGUUUUCAAUAAUGGAAUUAGCCAUAAUGACCAAGUUGAUACUUCAACUGUUUUUCCUUUUGUACAGGAUGUUCUUGAUAGCAUUGAGUUUGCUAGAGGUGAUCCCAAUUCAACAUGGGGUUCUGUUCGAGCAGCGAUGGGUCACCCAGAACCAUUUGACUUGAGAUAUGUUGCAGCUGGGAAUGAGGAUUGUUGGAAGAAAAACUAUCGAGGAAAUUACAUUGAAUUCUAUAAUGCUAUAAAGAAUGCCUACCCAGACAUCAACAUAAUCUCAAACUGUGAUGGGUCCUCUCGCAAGUUGGAUCAUCCGGCUGAUCUGUAUGAUUUUCAUAUUUACACAUCUGCAAAUAAUAUGUUUUCAAUGGGCCAUCAAUUUGAUCAUACAUCACGUGCAGGCCCAAAGGCUUUUGUGAGCGAGUAUGCUGUAACUGGAAAAGAUGCUGGCACAGGAAGUCUUUUAGCAGGACUAGCGGAAGCUGGAUUCCUCAUUGGAAUAGAAAGGAACAGUGAUGUUGUUCAUAUGGCAAGCUAUGCACCACUUUUUGUAAAUACCAAUGAUCGACGGUGGAACCCAGAUGCAAUCGUCUUCAAUUCAUGGCAACAGUAUGGAACUCCUAGUUACUGGAUGCAAACAUUCUUCAGGGAAUCAAGUGGUGCAACUCUUCUCAACACCACACUUCAAGCGAGUUCCCCAAGUUCUCUGAUUACUUCUGCAAUUACAUGGGAUGAUCCAGUUGGAAACAACAAUUACCUAAGAAUAAAGAUUGUCAAUUUUGGAAGCAGCAUUGUGAAUCUUAAGAUCUCCAUUGAUGGAUUGGAACCAAACUCCAUAGUGUUGUCUGGUUCAACAAAAGUUGUACUUACAUCCAAUAAUUUGAUGGAUGAGAAUUCCUUUGGAGCACCAAAUAAGGUGGUGCCAAUCACAAGCCAACUUCAAACCGCUGGAAAAGACAUGGAUGUUGUUCUGUCUCCACGUUCUUUCACGUCGUUUGAUUUGAUAAGAACUUCAGAUCUUCGCUUUAAAGAAGUAGAAUCAGUCCAUCAAUCCUUUAUUUAGAAUUUUUAAAUAAAAGACGAUGUAAAUAUCUAAAAGAAAUAAAAACCACCUCGUGUAUAUGAUAGGUUGGCUUCUGUUGCAGCCAACCAUCCUCUGGUGGCUUGUUUACUUCAAUUCCAUCCCCAUGCUCUCUCUCUCUCUCAAGCAUAUGGUUGUAUCAUAUGAAGACCAUAAUUCAUUAAAUGGAAACCUUGCGUUUCAAAAUAUCUAGAA